AUGAUGUGGCUUCUCCUGCUAGUCCUGCCCUUAGUGCAAUCUUGUAUUCCGAUGGUGCCACCGGAAGCGCCAAUUGUUCCUCCCAAACUCCAAGCCGACCCCAACAUUGACCCCAACACACGCCCACGCAUUUUCAUUGGUGCAAGACGAGUUUGCGCGGCUCCCCCGUGUCCUGCAACUGUUAUGAUGACAUGGCAAAACGGUGUCUCUACGGUACCUGCCCUUGCAAAUCCUCCCAAUGUAUUUGAUGCGUCAGGAGAUUGUUUGUCACUGGUCACUGGGCCUGCUGGAGGUGGAUAUGAUGAUACUCUAUGCACAUUUCCGGUGGCCUAUAGUUGUGGGCAGUAUGCGGAUAUGUUCUAA